GCGGCGACUGGCGGGCCUUCGUCCUACUGUUGCUGGGAUAGGUCCGUGGUCUCUACGGGCGGCAGGGCCACGCCAAUCAGACGCACGCAGCUUCUGAACGUCAUCACUGGGCGCUGGAGAAGACUGUGCUGCCGAGAGGCAGGCCGGCGCGACAUGGCUCUUUUCCUCGUGCACAGGUAUCUUGGCGAGGAAGACAACAACCUGGAAGACCGUUCACAAGUGCUCUUGCGGCGGCUACAGGAACAGGCGAGAGUCCGGCAGCAGCAAAAGCAGCAGCAGGAUGAUCCCAUUUCUGUGGAACUCAGCGGCAGACCAGAGAAUGAAAUCUUUGGCUUGGACGUGGAGAAGGAAUCAAAGCAGGAGAUGAAAAAGAGAGAGCAAAGGGAAGAAUCCCCUGUUGGAGGAGAACACCGUAGAAAGAGAAAGAAGAAAUUAUGCACCACUGGGGGAGAAAGCAUGGAUGAGGAAGAUGGUGGUCUUAGUCCAAGACGAAGUAAAAUGAAUGAAGAGGAAUCCAAAACGCUACAAGGAAGGACUGAUGGAGGAGAUGGAAGUGAAAUUAAGUUAGCGAGUCACUUAGAAAAUGACGGUGCAGCAGGAGAGAGGGAGGCUGGCUCUGAAGCAGCCAACGUACACAAGAGCCCUGAUGGAGAGGAGCAGAUGCUGAAGCUGCCACUGGAUCCAAAGAGCCUUCCGCCACCUCCUGACACGAUCGUUCUCGGGGGCUGGAGUCGAAAGGCUGUGCAGAAGGUGCACCCUCUUCUGCCACAAUGGCUUGCAGAACCCAAGCUAGUCCAGAGAUGCAUCAGAGAGAACCUUGUUCCUCUCCAGGAUGUUCCAGUUAUCCACCCUAAAUUGAUGAAGAAACUGCAAGCAAAUGGAAUAGAAUCUUUAUUUCCAGUUCAGGCUGAGGUGAUUCCAGCUAUCUUGGAAAGCGGGUCCAAUGGGUUUUUGGCCGGCAGAGGUGGCUACCAGCCCAGUGACAUCUGUGUCUCGGCCCCCACAGGCAGCGGCAAAACCCUGGCCUUUGUCAUUCCUGUGGUACAGGCUCUGUUAGACCGAGUUGUCUGCCGAGUCCGAGCGCUGGCCGUCUUGCCCACUAAGGAGCUAGCCCAACAGGUGAGUAAAGUAUUCAACAUCUACACUGACGGGACAGGAUUGAAAGUGGUCCAGCUCACCGGGCAGAAAUCAUUUGCGAAGGAGCAGGCGUCGCUCGCUGAGGAGACACUGACUGGAGUUCGCAGCCUGGCGGACAUCGUCGUGGCCACUCCCGGGCGCCUUGUGGACCAUCUUCAGCAGAGCCCCCUGUUCAGCCUGAGAGAACUUCGCUUCCUGAUCAUUGACGAAGCCGACCGCAUGAUUGACAGCAUGCACCAGGACUGGCUGUGGCAGGUUGUGGCGGCAGCCUGCCGAGCGGAAGAGGGCUCUAGUGCCCCCCAGCUCUUCCAGAGGGCAAAGCAGGGCCUCAUCACAGCAGCCAGGGCUUGCUGCCCCCACCUCCCUCUGCAGAAGCUCCUCUUCUCGGCCACCCUGACCCAGAACCCUGAGAAGCUGCAGCCGCUGGGCCUCUACCAGCCUCGCCUCUUCAUGCCAGUCUCCUUGGAGAAGCCGGCAGGUGCAGCGGAGGCGCUGCAGGACGGGGCCAAGAAGAAGUACGCCCUCCCAGAGGGGCUUUCGCACUACUACGUGCCCUGCAGCCUGAGGUGGAAGCCCCUCUUCCUGUUGCACUUCCUGCUGAGGCUGAAAUUCUCCCGCGUCCUCUGCUUCACCAACAGCAAAGACACGUCACACAGGCUCUUCCUGCUGCUUCGAGCAUUUGGUGGAGUGGCUGUGGCAGAGUUCUCUUCACGGCUGAGUCCAAGCAAAAGGAAGCAGACACUGAAGGAAUUUGAACAGGGGAAGAUCCAGCUAUUAAUCAGCACAGACGCCACCGCUCGAGGGAUAGACAUUGGCGGAGUAAAAUGUGUCAUCAGCUACGAUGCCCCCCAGUUUAUCAGGACCUACAUCCACCGGGUGGGCAGAACGGCACGUGCAGGAAAAGCUGGCCUGGCCUUCACCAUGCUGCUGAAACAGCAGGAAAGGAAAUUCCAGAAGAUGCUGAAGGAAGCUGGUCUUCCAGAGUUGGAGCGGCAGUUGGUGAAGAGCGAGUCCAUUCAGCCUCUCCUCCAGCAGUACGAGGAAGCUUUGGCUGAACUCCAGAAGAUGAUCAAGGAGGAGCAGGCUGAGAAGCGAUCCUGAGGAGAUCUCCAGGGGCGCCUGCGAGCUCCUGUAGAGAACACUCUGCGUUGUGCUUUGGAUUCGGACGACCUCUCGGCUGCACAACAUUCAGAAGCAAUUCUGGACGAUUAUGAGCUCCUUGAAGUGUUGGGAAGUGAAAGGCGUGUCCGUCCCGCAGCUGCAGCACAGCAGGCUUCCCGGCCCCUCCUCGGAAGGAAGCGAGGGCAGCUCUCACCCCCGCAGAGGCCGACGUAACGCGUUUUAAAGGCUCUCUCCCUGUGGGCCAAAGGGGGGCUGCCAGCCUGCCUUGGGAGUGGAGUUGACCCUUGCCGGCCUUGCUUGACCAAGUGCAGCUCCCUUGUUGACGAAAGAGGGGAUGGGGUGUUUGCUGUGCUCGGCUGCACUUUGAGCAAGGGGUGCCUCUGUGGCCCCAAGAGCCUCUCCGUGAAGAGGGGGAGGAGAGGUUUUAAAUAAAAAGAAUGGCCUGUGUUUUGGGGGCAGGCAAUAUUUU